GUGCUUGUGUCAGAUUAUUCUGGUCUUCUGUGAGUUGUGAAAGCAGUCAAUUUCAACAGUAGCCAUUUCUGUACUUGCACGCCUAGCGAAAAAUUUGUGAGAAUUUUUAAGAAAAUCUGAUACGAGAUUUAAUACGUUUAGUGUAAAGUUUUUUAUACAAAAAAGAAAGGAGAAAAUAUAAAUAUACAAAGAAAAAUGUUGCGUUUAUCAGCUACACUUGCUCGCUCAGGAAUUAGACACCAAUUAGCCGUGCGUGGCUAUGCCAAGGAUGUGAAAUUUGGUCCAGAGGUUCGUGCUAUGAUGCUGCAAGGUGUGGAUGUUCUAGCCGACGCUGUCGCCGUGACAAUGGGCCCGAAAGGACGUAAUGUCAUUAUUGAACAAUCGUGGGGUUCGCCUAAGAUCACCAAGGAUGGUGUUACUGUGGCUAAAUCAAUUGAACUAAAAGAUAAAUUCCAAAAUAUCGGUGCAAAAUUGGUUCAAGAUGUGGCCAACAAUACCAAUGAGGAAGCUGGUGAUGGUACUACCACAGCUACUGUAUUGGCUCGUGCCAUUGCUAAAGAGGGCUUCGAAAAGAUAUCUAAAGGUGCCAAUCCCGUGGAGAUACGUCGUGGUGUAAUGAUGGCCGUUGAUACCGUUAAGGAUCAUUUGAAGACCAUGUCACGUCCAGUUAGCACCCCCGAAGAAAUAGCUCAAGUAGCUACGAUUUCAGCUAAUGGCGAUCAUAACAUUGGUAAUUUGAUAAGUGAGGCCAUGAAAAAAGUUGGACGCGACGGUGUCAUAACUGUUAAAGAUGGCAAGACUCUAAGCGACGAAUUGGAAGUUAUUGAAGGCAUGAAAUUCGAUCGCGGAUAUAUAUCACCAUAUUUCAUAAAUUCAUCGAAGGGCGCUAAAGUCGAAUUUCAAGAUGCUUUAGUUCUGUUCUCAGAAAAGAAAAUCUCAUCAGUGCAAAGUAUUAUACCUGCUUUGGAACUGGCCAACCAGCAACGCAAACCUUUGGUUAUUGUCGCCGAAGAUAUUGACGGGGAAGCAUUAAGUACUUUAGUGGUCAAUCGACUGAAGAUUGGCUUGCAAGUAGCGGCCGUUAAAGCACCGGGAUUCGGUGACAACCGUAAAUCUACACUCACUGAUAUGGCUAUUGCCACUGGUGGUAUUGUAUUCGGGGACGAUGCCAAUCUAGUCAAAUUGGAAGACAUUAAUAUCAACGACUUGGGUAAAAUCGGUGAGGUAGUUAUUACCAAAGAUGACACAUUACUGUUAAAAGGUAAAGGUAAAAGGGAGGAUGUUCAACGUCGUGUCGAACAAAUUAAAGAUCAAAUCGCUGAAACCACUUCCGAUUACGAAAAAGAGAAAUUGCAAGAGCGUUUAGCUCGUCUCGCUGCUGGUGUAGCUUUAUUGCGCGUGGGCGGUUCCAGUGAGGUGGAAGUUAAUGAAAAGAAAGAUCGUGUUAAUGAUGCUCUUAAUGCCACUCGUGCCGCAGUUGAGGAGGGUAUCGUACCUGGCGGCGGAACUGCAUUGUUGCGUUGUAUUACUAAACUAGAAACUUUAAAGGGUCAAAAUGAAGAUCAAAAUAUGGGCAUUGAAAUUGUGCGCCGUGCCUUGCGCAUGCCUUGCAUGACUAUUGCCAAAAAUGCUGGCGUUGAUGGUGCUAUGGUUGUAGCUAAGAUUGAGACCAAAGAAGGCGAUUAUGGUUAUGAUGCCCUUAAAGGUGAAUAUUGCAAUCUAAUCGAAAAAGGUAUAAUCGAUCCUACAAAGGUGGUGCGUACGGCGAUUACAGACGCUUCUGGUGUAGCUUCUCUUUUGACUACUGCCGAAGCUGUUGUUACAGAAUUGCCAAAGGAAGAAAGUGGACCUGCUGGUAUGGGAGGAAUGGGUGGUAUGGGCGGUAUGGGUGGCAUGAUGUAAAAUGUUACCUAAUCCCCUAUAGCCAUUUACAAUUCAUUUUUUUCUUUCGAUAUUCGUCUUAAUCUAGCCGGUCAUACAUUUUCGGUUUAUAUAAUUAUUAUUAUAAUUUUUCUUCGUUACACCAAACGCAACUACAUUCGUAAUAUAUUAAUUUUUGCUACCAUUACUAUUAAUUACUUUUAAAUAUAUUUAAUUUAAUUAAUUAAUAUUUUUACA